GCUGGCUGGAGGGCUUUAGGGAAAUGCACCGCGGGCUUUCUGGCCCAGGACGAGGCAGUCGCUCUGGGCCUUCUGCGCAUGUGCGCCGCCCCCUCUUCCCCUCCCCCCACUCGCCCGUGUGUUCCAGUUCCCUGGUCGCGAGGAGACGGCGCCCGAGCCUCUGGCGCCUGAAGGCGGGGGGGGGGGGGGGAGGCUGGGAAGCGGCUGUUGAGCGCCGGAGGGUUGGGCGCGUGGAGCAGGGGCCUCCGCGCGAGAGGGUUCUACACUCUCUUCCAGGACCAGCAGAAAAUGAUCACAUCCCAGGGUAUUGCAUCCCUAAACCAGAAGUGAUCCUCAAGCUGGAGCAAGGAGAGGAGCCAUGGAUAUUAGGGGAAGAAUCAUCAAGCCGGAGUGUCCCAGGAUUAAUUUAGAGCCGUAGAAACUAUUCAAGGAAGAAGUUUGAUGAGUUAAACAAAGGUAGAAAAUGGCGCCAUGAUGACAAACAUGAAAGAAUUCAUUCUGAAGAGAAACCUUAAGAAUGUAAUAAAAAUGGGAAUGGCCUCUUUCUUAAUGAAGACUCUGUUCAGCAUCAGAAAAUUCAAAUUUUGGAGCAACCUUUUUAAUACAAUGAAUGUAGGAAAGCUUUCCAUGAAAAUUCACUCUUUGUUAUACAUAAGAAAGCUUAACAUAGGAGAGAACACCUGUCAAUGCACUGAAUGUGGAAAAAAGUUCUGAGACAUGCCAUCUCUUAUUGCUCACCAAAGAACACAUCCAGAAGAUAAUCACUAUGAAUUUAAUAAAUGUGGAGAGAACUUCUCUGAGAAAUCCAUUCUCUUUGAACACAGUGUUCACCCUUUGAACCAGAAGUCAAACCUCAUUCCAAAUCACAGAACCAACUCAACUGACAACAUAAUUAAGUAUAAUGAAUAUGGAAAUGCUUUCAGUGAAAAUCUAGUCUAGGUGUGCAACAGAGCAUACACGUAAGAGAAAAACCUUAUGCAUGCCAUGAAUGUGGAAAAACUUUCAACCAGAAGCCAGCCCACAAAAGCUAUAAGAGAACCCAUGCAGGGGGAAAAUCCUGUGAAAGUGAUAAUUGUGGGAAAACUUUCUUCAGGAAUUCAGACCUCAUUAAACAUCAGAGAAUUCAUACAGUGGAGAAACCUUAGAAAUGGCAGGAAUGCAGGAAAUCCUUCAGUGAAAAGUCAACUUUCACCCAGCAUUUUAGAACACAGGAGAGAAACCAUAUGAAUGCCCUGAAUGUGGGAAACCCUUCUCAGUUAAGUCGGUCCUUACUGUACAUCAGAAAAUGCACACAAGGGAGAAGACUUAUGAAUGCUAUGAAUGUGGGAAAGCCUUUCUCAGAAGGUCAGACCUCAUUAAACAUCAGCGAACUCACACAGGGGAGAAGCCUUAGGGAUGUAAUGAAUGUGGGAAGUCCUCUUCUGAGAUGUCAACUCUCACUAAACAUUUGCAAACUCACACAGGUGAGAAGCCCUAUGAAUUUAUUGAGUGUGGAAGUUUUUUCUCCUACUUCUUGGGGUUCACAGAACAUCAGAGGAGACACAUGGGAGAGAAACCUUUUGGAUGUCAUGAAUGUGGGGAAAACUUUCAUCAGAAGUCAGCCCUAGUUGUUCAUGAGAGAACUCACAUAAGACAGAAACCAUAUGAAUGUGAGAAAUCAUUGUGUGUGAAGUCAAAACUCAUUCCACAUCAGAGAACACACACACAGGAGAAACCCUUGGAAUGUAAUGUUUGUGGGAAAUCCUUCUGUGUGAAGUCAAAACUCACUGUACGUCAGAGAACACACCUGGGGAGAAACUCUAUAAAUAUGAUAAAUGAGGGAAUUCACGUUGGGUGAGGUCCAGAGUUUGUAGAACACAGAACAAAAAGUGGAGAGGAAAUCUAUUAAUAUAAUGAUUUUGAGAACACCUUUGGUCUAAAAUGAGUUCUCACAAUACAGAGCAGAGAAUUCUAGGGGGGAGAAAAUAAUAUGAAGAGGUUCUGAACACAGGAAAAUUUUCUAGUGGAAUUUGGACCCCGCAGUGUACGACACAGCUGAGUGGGGAUAAUCUAUUCUUGAGUGAAUACAGGGUGCCUUUUGCCCAAAACCACACCUUACUAAACAUCAGAGAAACCACAUAGGGUAGAAACCUCUAUCAGCAUUUGUAGAGAAGACUUUACCCACAGGCUGGAGAAGAUGCACAAGCUAUAGGAAAUUAUAGGAGAACAUUUACUAUGAGGUGAUAUUUUAUUGGCCUUGUGUGAAAUUCUUGAUGUGGCAUCUAAGUGGGCAUGAGGUAGUAGUUUGUAGAAAAAGUGAGUGGAAGCUUUUAAGUUAAACCUAAGUUUAUCAUACAUCAGAGAUGUUCAAUUGAAGUGUCUAGCAAUUUAGGAAAUGUGGGGAAUGUCUUCAGUUUAGCACUUUACUUUGUUAAAAUACAAUCUGGCCCAUUGCCCGGUGUGCUGUUCCUUUCAGUUUGAGGUAGUAGAUGUGAACUGGAGCCAGUGGUUGUAAGCAGUGCAAAGGUUUAUUGCUCCGGCAUAUGUGAAACAAGGGAAGAUUUUUGCAGGGAGACCUACCUGCAAGAAGACUUUCUGAUGUCCAGGUGGAGAGAGAGAUCCUGGUCUUGGUGACAUACAUAGGACAGGAGCCUGCCAGCAGGAUUUUUAAAAUACUUCUGGGGCAGACUAAUUUUGAGUGGCCUGUCCUGACGUGGUGGGUCAAGGGGGCAAGGUGGGUUGCCUUGAGUGCAACUUACUAGUUGUAGCAGAAGUGGGUGAGUAUAGAACAUGGGUGGUUUCUGCCCUACCAGUGUUUUAAUGGUUUGGCCAACUGUCAUCCUUCUGUGAGUGGCUAACUGCACGCAACUUUAUUUCCCAACUCACUUAAUACUUCUCGUGUGUGAUACAUACAGUGAUUUUUUAGAAAGCAAAACAUUCACGUACAAAUGUAUACGUUGGCAGGUACGGAGCUUUAAAAAGCACAGAUAGAUUAAACAACUAGGUGGGGUCACUGUCGCUUUCAGCAGAGCAGUGCACUCAGUAAGGACAACGAGAAAAGCAGUUCACAAAAAGCACCUAUUUAAAUGCAACCUGUUGUUGCAAAAGCAAGGAGGGCUAGUAUGGUAAAAUCCAGGAGGGGAGUGAAAGACGGAAAGUAAAUGGGGAAAUGUGGCUGUUUUACCUGGGAGCACUUGUCACUUCUGGCUACAGGGAGGAACCUGGCUAUUGAGCUUGGCUCAGGCAGAGAGCUAUAGCUUGGUGGCAGGGGAGCAGAGCUGUAGGGUGCAGGGAGACCAGAAACCAGAGACUGGCAGAACUUUGGCAGUCAAGGCUUGAGUGAACAUUUUUGAAACAUAGGAGACUUCAAACACAUGGCCAGUUACUCAAAAUUUUUAGAAGACUGACACAGGGCAGGAGUCUGGAAACCUAAGCUGUUUUUUGUUUUUUUCAUCACUGAGGGAAACGUGAAUAGAAUUCAGGAACUGCCAGCAGGAUGGGCCCUCGGUGAGCACAGCAUGCUCUCAGUGAGUGCAGGGUCGUACCAAAGGAUGGCUGUCCUUUACCAAACCUGCAAACAAUUUGCCACUCAUUUCAAAAACCUCCCAGAAAGAAAACUCAGGAACAGAUGACUUCACUCCAGCUAUUCCAAAUAUUUAAAGAAAUAGUAGCAAGCUUUUAUAAGCUUUUCCAGAGAAAGGAUGAUGGGGGUUUUCCUGUUCAUUGAUACCAAAACCUGUAAGAUAUUUCAGGAAAGUAAAGGUACAUUAUGAAUUUAGAUGCAAAAUCCUGGAAUUUAAAAAAAAAAAAAACAUCCAACAAUAUCAUCGCAGAACAUAUCUUGACUAAAUGAUGUUUAUUAGAGGAAUGAAAGAAUGGAUUUAAUAUUUAAAACUCAAUUGAUUUGGUUUCCCAAUCCCUUACUCUCGGAUUCCGCUUUCUCCCUUGCAUUUGCACAUUUCUCUCCUGCUUGCCUGUCCUAGAGUGGGAGUCAGAACGGCCCUGACCUGGGGGAUGAGAAAGGUGUUGAGGUGAGGUGCCCCCUUGCAGCAGAAGUGCUGAGGGCGCAUGGAAGAGAUGAUCAGCAUGGCUGAGAUGCUGGUAAUACUGGGCAGAUAGGUAAGUGUACUGAGGGUGGCGAAAGCCAGGUUUCUCACUGUUGGAGACGGUAUCUGUAAACACGGAAGGGGGUAGCUAGAAAACCACCUAAAGUGUUGGAUUGGAAUGUAAUUCAGAUUUUAAAUACACAAAUAGUUAUCGUAGUGCUUGCGGGUGUGUGUUUUGGAUCUGUGUGCUGAGAGGACCUAAACAGAAUGACACCCCACCAGCGUUGAGCACACCAGGUGCCAGGUUGUUAAUUUUAAGUACUGUCUUCCCACCAAUGAAAGACCAGGUCUGUGAAGUGAUGGCUUAUUGAACGUCAGAGAUGGCGAGAAAUACAAGACGAUCCUGAAUCAUCUUAUCUAUUAGACAAUAAAAUGUCAAAGAAUUACGGAGACAUGUUAAAAGGACAAAAGAACCAUCUUGUACAGCUUCCACUGGCCAAAUUUGAGACAAUUGAAACUUCAAAACAAAAUGAACAGCAUCAUAAUAAAGGAGACUUAAAAUGGGAAUCCAUUAAUUUGUACUGAUAAAAAUCUGUGAAUACACGAAGGAAAUCUUUAUACAAGGCCAACUAAUAAAUGUAGGAGGAACAAUGGCGAUAGAAAUAUCACAGUGUGAUAACUGUCAUACUGGUGGCUGAUUCAGUAAGUAAUUGACAAUGCAGGCUGGAGUUUGUGGGUAGAGUUUUGAUGGACAGGAUAUUGGCAUACUCUCCAAAUAGUUCCCCCCAAAGAAUAAUCAGCUACAAAGGUGAAAACAGUGGCUUUGUGAGAAACCUGGCAGACAGCAGCAUAAUCAGAUGAUCAAAGUUCACUUCACCAGCAGUAGGGCAAGUCAGUGUGUCGUACCCCUGAUGAGAUGCACUGAGAAGAGCCAGGGUCACUCGUGCUGUAUUCCUGCUGAGGACGCGUGGCCAGAGUGUGCUCACGAGGAAACGUUAGAUAAACCCCCUUGAAAGGUUCUUUUACAAAAUUGAAAGUGUAUGUUUAAAUUGGCAAGGACAAAAGGAAAAGGCUUCCAGAUUGGAGGAGGUUGAAGAUACUUAACAAGAAAACAAAAAGGAAAACCAGAGCAGUUGGCAUAAUUCAGAGUGUACGGAUUGAAUGAUAGUGUCUGUUUCCUGACUUGGUUCAGUAGGUGAGUGUUUUUGUUAGGGGAAGUGGAGUCUCACGUCUGCAGGUUAUUUUCAGAUGCUUUAGCGAAAGGGGAAUGCAUGUGAGUGUGUGUAGAGGUAAGAGUGCGAGCAGGUGUGCAAGGGACGUGGAGGAGAUGCAGUGCGUGCGCAGUUGGGGAAAUCUGAGGUUUUUGUACACUGCUUGUGACUUAAAGUUUGAAGUCAUUUCAAAGUAAAUCUGUAAGCAUUAAAGUUAACUGAUGUAGCCUAACACACUAGUAGGAAAAGACAAGUGAAGCCAUGUUAGUAUCAGUAGAUGCAGAAAAUAUAUUUGAAAAAUAUAUUUACACACCUUCAUGAUUGAAAAAAAAAAAAACUAGGAAUGAAAGGAAGUUUCAUUAAAAACAACACUAACAAAAUAAAAAUCAUACUCAGCAGAUAAAUACUGGACUAUCUCUUCCUUAUGUGAAUAAUGAGACCAAGAAGGCUUGUCACCACUACUUUUAUUCAACAUUGGACUGAAAGCUCUAGUUUGGUCAGGUCAGUAAGGCCAAAAAGAUUAAAAAAAAAUAAAAGAGGCAUAAAAACUGUUAAGAUUGAAGUAAAACUCAUUAUUUUCAGGUGUUAUCAUUGUAUUCAUAAGAGUCAAAAAAGUUUAUGGAAGAGUUAUUAGAAAUAAGUGAAUUUAGCAAUCCGACUAUAUAAAAAUCAUAUUUUUGUGUAUAACCAACAAAUAGAAAAAUUAAGUGAUACCAGGACAAUUGUAUCCUUCUGGGUAGGGUUGCAUGGGCCAGACUUAUCCCCCUGCCUGACAAAAUUGGGUAAAAGGAAACGAAGAAUUAUUUUCACGUCACUGGAUGUCAGGCAAUAAAGGGCAGUGAUCCUUGGAGAUGAUGGGUAGGUUCGCCGCAUUGUGAUGGUUACACAGGUAUAUUUGUUCAAUUUUACCAAGUCGUACAAUUCAAAUAUGUGCAUUUAAAACACUGUUACAUUGCUGUUAAAUUUAUAACAGCCCUAAAACAGUUCUAGAAAUCCAAAAACUGCAUCCAAAAAUCGAGAGGUUAAAAGACAAAAAGGACUUUUGAUGACUUUGAAGGCUGAAUUCUCCCCCAGAUUGGUUGAUUGAGUGCUUCCCUGAUCACCAUCCAACAGCUGGUUUUGUUGUUAGAAAUUAGCAAGUCUGAAUUGAAAAUGUGUAUGCAGAUUCCGUGGCCGAUCACAGCUAAGGAGAUCUGAAAAUAGCAAAGUCAGUCUACAGGGCGUAGACCGCUAGAUGACAAGGCUGUUACAGGCACACCUCAGAGUCGCUGUGGGCUUGGUUUGGGACCACUGCAAUAAAGUAAAUAUCGCAGUAAAGUGAGUCACAAAUGUUUUGGUUUUCCAGUCAUAUAAAAGUUAUACAUUGUAGCCUAUAAAGUGUGCCAUAGUCUUAUGUCUAGAAAAAGUGUACUUGCCUUAAUAAAAAAUACUCUUAAAAAAUGCUCACCAUCAUAUGAGCCUUCAGCAACUUGCAAUCUUUUUGUAAUGGUAACAUCAAGGAACACUGAUCACAGGUUAUCGUAACAAGUUAAAUAGUAAUGAAGAGUAUGAAAUGCUGGGAGAAUUACCAGAGUGUGACACACACACAUGAAGGGAGCAAAUGUUGUUUUUUCCCAGACCCCAUCCCCAACCUGAACCCCUAGACCCACAGCCCUCCCACUCCCCAUCAGUCUUGUCCUCAGGAAGUCCCACCCCUUUCCUUGAGGUGGUUUGAUGCAAUUUAACAAUUUCUCUAAUUCUGGGCCCUGUGGCAACUGCUUCGUUCCUGACAGCCUACUAUAUUUGCAAAAUCCAUGAGAGCCACAUUUAGUAGGCAAAGUUCCCAGGAACAAAAAGGAACAGGAAAGAUGGAGCUGAACUCCAUUUGGUGAGGCCAGCCCCGGGGGAGAGUGAGGCCUUGCGGCUGGGUGAGGAGGACCCAGGAAUGGGGGUGGGUCAGGGAGGCCCAAGGCUCUUCUCUGCCACUGCUUGGAGCUCAUCUCAUUGAGGUCUUCCAGCUAAAAUCUGCAGGCACAAGAUCCCGCAUCUGGCCGGACAAGGGCAGCUCACCCAGGCCCGCCCACAUCCAGCGACCCCGCUCUGGGCACCGGGCCCAUAUCAGUGGGGGGGGGGGGGAUGCCCCGCUACACAGGGCCUGCCUGGGUGUGGCUGCCCCAUGGGUCAGGGCAGUGACAGACACGGGUAGGGGAUUGCUCUCCAUACAGCUUAUUAAGAUGGACCCAGAGCCUGACCUGGUCCCACUAUGGAAUGUGGAUGGUGGGGCUACUGGCCCAUCUUGAGCACCACGAUGAACGGUCAGCCCCUUACCUCCCAUCCCAAACCGUGUGGUCCCAACCUCCUGCCCUGGACAGGGCUGUGGGGAAAAAACACUGCUCUCGAGAAUACUUGGGUGUAAAAAUCACCAGAAGCCCCUCCUGACCCCUGUCCUCGGCAUGUGGCAAGGACUGGGCCACCCCCUCCAGCAGAGUGCUCACAGGCCUGGCUGGGAGUCUUGGAGACUCUAGCCAGCUGCUCCUUCCCUGCCGAUGCUCAGGCUGGUGAGAAGUCCUGCAGUGAUGUUAGAGCAGCCACAUAGCUAGAUAUGAGCAGAGAAAGGGAGACACAGAGCAAUGGCAGGAGUUGGGCAGAAAGGAGGGCCACAGGCCAGAUGCAGGAAACCUUGUGUCAUAUAAGCACCAGGGGUCCCUGGGCAGAGAAAGAAAAGCAGGAACCUCUGGGCUGAUAAGUGGUCAUGCCUUUGGGGGUGAGAAGUGGCUCUGAGGUCAAUAAAGAAAGGUGAGGAAAGUAGGAAUUUCCAGUGUCUGAAUGUAACUUUUUGCUUAUUUUCCCCACAUUUCAAUAAAAUUAGCCUUGCUGAUAAGAAGUACCCAUCAUGCACCGACCCCGUGACACUUCCCAUCCAGACUAAACAAGGACAAACAUCCUUCCUCCCUUUGGAAGGUGGAGCUGGGAUGAAAAUCAGGCAAUUGAACCUAGACCGUUCUCUCCCUAAUGAAUAUCCUGCCCAUUCAUCUUUGCACCCCAUGUAACCAACUUGCCAAAGAAACCCAGGGCAGCCCCUCACCUGAGCCUGCCCGCUCUCGCCUUGAGAGCGUACUACCCAUCCUUUAAUAAAUCCUCACUUUACUUUUUUAA